AUGUCGCGGUUAAUUGUGAAGAAUCUACCAAAAGUCGUGAAUGAACAAAAGUUAAGGAAGCUAUUUGAACAGAAGGGAACUGUUACAGACGUUCAGUUAAAGUAUAAAGAUGGAAAAUUUCGACAAUUUGGUUUCAUUGGAUAUGAAAAUGAAGGAAGUGCUCUGGAAGCAGUUAAUUACUUUAAUGACACAUUCUUUGGAACCAGUAAAAUAAAAGUGGAAGUAUGUGCAGCAUUAGGCGAUGAAUCAAAGCCUAAAUCAUGGAGUAAAUAUGCAAAAGACAGCGAAGCAUUUAUUAAGAAAACUGAAAAUUCUAAACAAGCAGAAAAUGAAGGCGUUGUGGAUGAAAAGACUAAGGUCAAGAAAAUAGAUGCAAUUAUUAAUGAGUAUAAAGAAGAUCCAGAGUUCCAAGAGUUUAUGAAAUCACAUGCAAAAGAUAAAUUAAUUUGGCAAAAUGACAUAAAUACAGGAACCAAAGUGGAUCAGGAUGAACAAGAAGGAGAGGAAUCAGAUGAUGAUACUAAACUAGCUAAUCAAGAAAUAAGCGAUGCUGAGUACAUGAAGAAAUUAAUGGGAAGUUCUGAUAAAGCGGAACCAAUAACAUUUGAGAAAAAGACGAAAAACUUACUUAAACUUUAUACGAUCAAAGUACGAAAUAUACCCAAGAAACUCAAACGUGAAGAGCUUAAAAAAUUCUUCAGACCAUCAAAAGCUCAUUCUGUGAGAAUCCCUAAAAAUUCCAAUUUUGGAUAUGUCGGAUUUAAAUUAGAAAGAGACAUGAAACGAGCUUUAAGUAAGGAUAAAAGUUUCUUAAACGGAAAACAGCUUCAUGUCUAUGAAUUUACACAUCAAAAAGAGGAAUCAGAAGUAAAAACGUCCAAAAUCAAUUGUCGGUGGCAAGAACAGGAAGAUAAAUUAAAAGGUGAAGAAGACAUUUGUGAGUCAGGCAAGCUUUUCUUUAGAAACUUGCCAUAUACAGUCACAGAAGAUGAUGUUCAAACUGUUUUUGAAAAGUAUGGAAAUGUCGUUGAAGUAAAUGUUCCAAUAGAUUCAAUAACUCGACAAAUUAAGGGUUUUGGAACAGUAACAUUUUUGAUGCCAGAAAAUGCAGUGCAAGCUUACAAUGAAUUAAAUGGAACUAUGUUUCAUGGAAGAAUGUUUCACUUGUUGCCUGGAAAAUCAAAUGAUAAAACGGAAGCAGACGAGAGUGAUCCUAAAAGUUUCAAGGAUAAGAAACGAAAAGAAUUGAAGAAAACGGCAUCAUCAGCACAUAAUUGGAAUACUCUUUUCAUGGGACCGAAUGCAGUAGCUGAAAUUAUAUCAAAAGUUUAUGGAAAAUCAAAAGAAGAGGUUUUAGAGUCCUCAACGGGAGGUUCUGGUGCAGCAGUAAGAUUAGCAUUGGGAGAAACACAAGCAGUCUUGGAUAUGAAAACUUUCCUCGAGAAGCAUGGCGUUCAAUUAGAAUCAUUUGAUGACGAAAAAGUAAAACGCUCAAAGACAAUCAUUCUUGUCAAGAACUUGCCAGCAAAUACAGAUGUCGAUGAAGUCAAGUCAAAAUUUGAACCUUUUGGAGUUUUAGAAUUAGUUGUUAUGCCUCCAAAUAGCGUGACAUGCUUAAUUAAAUUUUCUGAUCCAUCAGAAGCAAGAAAGGCAUUCAAGAAAUUAGCAUAUUCAAAAUUUAAGCAUGUUCCUUUAUACUUGGAAUGGGCACCAGAAAAUGUUUUCAGGGAUAAAGGCAAUGAAGUUGAGGAAAAUGUUAAUGAGACAGACAAACCUGAAAAUAAGAUAGAAUCAGCAAAGAACGAAGAAAAUAAUAAAGAAAAGGAGGAAAUUGAUGAUUCAACUCCAGAGCCAAACACGACACUUUUCAUCAAAAAUCUUAAUAAGGAAACAGUUGAAGAGACUAUCCGUGAGAUAUUUAAAAAUAUUGGCACUAUUCAUUCAGUUCAGAUUGCUAAGAAAAAGAGUACAGACGAUGAUAAGAAGAUGAUUCCUUUAGGCUACGGUUUUAUUCAAUUUAAACAAUCGUCUGCAACUGAUAAGGCACUAAAAACAAUGCAACAUAAGGAAAUUGAUGGAAUUAAAAUUGAAUUAAAACGAAGUGAUCGAACGCUUAAUACUCCAGCUCAUGUGUCUAGAAAGAAGACAGACAAUAAGAAGCAAGAAGGAUCUACCAAAAUUAUGGUCCGUAAUAUUCCAUUUCAAGCUAAUGCUAAUGAAAUUCGCCAAUUAUUUCAAGUGUUUGGUGAACUUAAAGCUGUCAGAUUGCCUAAAAAACCAGGCCUGGAUCAACAUCGUGGUUUUGGUUUCAUCGACUUUGUGACCAAAAGUGAUGCAAAAAGUGCAUUUGAUGCUUUACAUCACAGCACUCACUUGUAUGGUCGUCGUUUAGUUCUUGAAUGGGCUGCAACUGAAGAAGAUGUAUCAGAAAUAAGAAAGAGAACUGCACAGGAUAUUAAUGAAGGAACCAAUGCUAAACGUAGUAAAAAGGCAAUUAUGAAAGAAGAAGAUUUCAUAAAACUUGAAAGUAAUAAGGACGAUGAGGAAAUGGAAAAUUAUGACUAA